AGCGUAGAGGGGAUCGCACCGUAACCUUAAUAAUGCGUCCACUGUUCUCUGAUCACCAGAGAUGAUGUCGCCCUCCGUCACGCUCAGUCUCAGUCACAGUCAGUCCUCACCAUCCCUUCCUCUCCUGUAUGUGAAUAUCACCAACCUCUAGAUGCUACGAGAUCCUUCUUCCGCCCUCCCAUGGCUGCUCUGACACUUCACGUCACGACUUCCUUCACUCUCUCCCCCUAUCGGCUCCUCUUCCACCACCGCCGUGAACGCCCCAAGCUUGUCUUCUCCGCCCCGACCUUCUCGUCCUGCCACCGCUUCUCUGUGUGCUGUGCUUCCAUCCGCAGAAGGCCGAGGGCUGGUAGGAAGGUGAUGAGCAAUGUGGAGCUGCGCAAUGAGAUUAAGGAGUUCUUAUCUUCUGUCGGAUUUCCGGAGGACCAUGUGCCUUCCAUCAAGGAGCUCUCACUGCACGGAAGGAAUGACCUUGCCAACAUUAUUAGAAGGAGAGGGUAUAAGCUCGUGAGAGAGCUUCUUACCAACUCAUUGCAAAUGGAUGUUGAUGAGUCGAUUGAUAUGCAGGACGGCUUAGCUGAUAAAGAGGCAGAGGCAGAGGCAACUGCCAGUGGCAAAGUAGAGCAAUUGGAAGGUCAGGAUAAGAAGGCAGAAAAUUUGGCUGAACAAACUUAUUUAUCUGAUGAGGUUCUUGUGGAGGAACACUUUUCUGUUGGCCAUGAUGUGCGCCCCCACAUUUCUUUCCACGGUGAUAAAUAUGCCAAUCAGGAACCUCCAGUCAUCCUGUACUCAGAGGAAAAGGACCCUUCUUUUGAUGGGGAUGGUUUAACUAAUUAUGCAAUCUCAUUAAAGGAAGGAACCACUGCUGAAGAAGAUUCCAGUGGUUUUGAUACAAAAGAGGAGUCCGACUUUAGUAACAUUGAGCGUGCUCCAGCAAAAACUUCGAAUAAUCUGGACUCAGAGGUUGACGCCUCCUCUAGUUUCAGGGUGCAAGUUGAGGAGUUGGACUACAAUGGUCAAAGCAUAUCUUCAUCGACAGAUGCUCCUUAUGGAGAAAUUUGUCCUGAAAAUUCAGAGUUUGAUUCCAUGGGCAAUGCUGGUAGAUCUAGUGAACUACCAGAUGCUUCAACCUUGGAGGAGAAGGUGGCAAAAUUUAUGGCAGAUGGUUAUCUAGAUCCAGUUGAGGACAACCCCUCUGGGAUAUAUAAAGAGAUUGGUGGGGAAGAACCUGUUGGGCUUGCUAGUUCAGAUUUCACUGAUUCAGAAAAUGGGCUAGUGAUUCGGUCAAAGACCACAGCAGAGGUGCAACCUGUCCAUGUGUAUGGUAGCUUAGAUGCUCCUGUAACGCUGCAUGAAAGUACAUCAAAUCCAGGCUCUUCUUGUGCAAAAUUAGAUUAUUCUCUCGUGGACAACCAAUCAUCUGGUGAAGGAAAUGCUGAUAUGCGCAAGGUUGUGGAUACUGAGAUGAGUAGAGAGGAGAACCGAGCUGAGAUCAGUCAGCUCAAAUAUAUGCUGCAUCAGAAGGAACUGGAAUUGUCUCGAUUAAAGGAAGAGAUUGAAAGAGAAGAGCUUGCACUGUCCUUCUUGCAAAGGAAGGCUGAGAAUGAGAUUAAUAAAGCUCAGAAACUUAUCUUAGAAAAAGAUGCGGAGUUACAAGCUGCUGAAGAAAGUCUUUCUGGGCUGAAAGAGGUUGAGAUCCAGUAUUGUGGGGAUGGUGAUAUUGUGGAGGUGUCAGGUAGCUUCAGUGGAUGGCAUCACAGAAUAAAAAUGGAUCCCCAGCCAUUAGCUGGCACAGGCUCAAGGAAAUCUAGAUUGUGGUCAACAGUGCUAUGGCUCUAUCCUGGGGCAUAUGAGAUUAAGUUUAUCGUUGAUGGCCAGUGGAAGGUUGAUCCCACAAAGGAGUCAACUACAGAGGGUGCAAUAUGUAAUAACAUUCUUCGAGUUGACAGAUGAGAUAUUUAUGUUGCCCUGCAUCAGUCCGCUCUUGAUACAGUCUUCUCGCCCACCUCGAGGAAGCGAAUUUUUGCCGAUAUCCCACUUUAAUAAAGAAGACUCGAGGCUCCCAGAUUUGAGUAUGCAGUUCUGCCUCACCUUGCAGACAUCUUUUGAGCCUGCAUUCUGCUCAAAGCGAUUGAGGAUUUGGGUACAGAAUAGGGUCUUCAGGACUGAUGGAAGUUGUUGAUCAAGUCAAUAAGUUUGAGCAUAUGAACUCUAUAGCUUUUAGGCUGCUUCAUUUUGCUAAUCACGGUUUAGGGAGCAGCAGGAUGAAAAUAGGUAUGUAACCUUUGUAGGACAUCUCCGAGGACUGUACAUAAAUAAAGGUGCACUCAUACGGUAUUGAUCGGUUUGUUGAUGA